UGUUAAAGACUAUAGAUUAAAACUACCCCACACCUUUUGCUCUGGAAAAAACCAAAAAAUGAAAAUCCCAAAUAAACAGAAGAUUGUGGAGGCAUUAAAGAAUUCCAUGUAAAAGUAAAACCAGAAGUGAAGCACAAAUCUUGGAGUAGAUCUCCACAAUGGAACUUAACAAACCAAUACAAAAGAAAAAAUGGUUCCUCCCAUUAGUCUUUUCCCUCUUGAUAUCCUCUUUACUCAUGAUAUUAACCCUUUUCUCUGAUACCCCAUUUCACAAAAAAUCUACCAAAAUCAAACCUCAACUUCCAGUUUUUGUAGAAUCAAAGCUACAUAAAACCCCAACACUGCCCAGUUCAAGAACUCCAAAACUGGCCUAUUUGAUCUCAGGAUCAAGUGGGGAUUUUGAGAGUCUAAAGAGGACGCUAAAAGCCCUUUAUCAUCCAUUAAACCAGUACGUUUUGCACUUGGAUCUUGAGGCACCACCCGAGGAGAGAAUUGAGUUGGUGAAUUUUGUGAAAAAUGAGCAAUUAUUUGUGCAAUUUGGGAAUGUGAGGGUUGUGAAGAAGUCUAAUUUGGUCACUUACAGAGGCCCCACUAUGGUUAGUAAUACACUUCAUGCUGCUGCCAUUUUGUUGAAGGAAGGUGGAGAGUGGGAUUGGUUUAUCAAUUUGAGUGCUUCUGAUUAUCCUUUGGUGACUCAAGAUGAUUUGCUUUAUACUUUAUCAACUAUUCCAAGGGAACUUAAUUUUCUUGAGCACACUAGUGACAUUGGCUGGAAAGAGUUUCAGAGAGCCACGCCCGUGAUCAUCGACCCGGGGCUUUAUAGCCUGCAAAAAUCCGAUCUUUUUUGGAUCACGGAGAAACGAAUAAAACCUACAGCAUUUAAGCUUUUCACAGGCUCGGCUUGGAUGAUGCUUUCUCGACCCUUCAUAGAGUUCUGUUUGUGGGGUUGGGACAACCUCCCGAGGACUGUGUUAAUGUAUUACGCCAAUUUUCUUUCAUCACCCGAAGGUUACUUUCACACGGUCAUAUGCAAUGCUGAAGAAUUUCGAAACACAACUGUGAACCACGACCUCCACUUCAUCUCAUGGGACAACCCUCCGAAGCAGCAUCCACAUUUCCUCACAGUCGAUGAUUAUCAGAGAAUGGUCGACAGCAAUGCCCCGUUUGCAAGAAAAUUUGGCAGGAAUGGAGCUAUUCUAGACAAGAUCGAUUCUGAACUUCUAGGACGCAAAGCUGAUGGGUAUGUUCCAGGUAGUUGGUUUGAUGGACACGGCCAGGACACGAAUGGAUCUUCUGCGUAUUAUGCUCUUCCGAAUAUAACUGCACUUAGACCAGGUUAUGGUGCUCAAAGGCUUAAAAAUCUUAUCAAAAGUUUGAUCUUUGACAAAGAUUUCCAUGCAAAGCAUUGUCUUUAGCACUUUAGAUGAUAAUGUUGUCACUUUGAAGUAGCAUAGAAGAUUUACUUAUAAUACAUUAAAUCUGGGAAUACAGAUCCAAAGUUGUUUAACAUAGUAUUGGAACAAAUAAGUAUUGUUGCCACUUAUUUAUAAAAAUUGUGUAAUUUUCUUCCUUUACUAAAAAAUAAGGUCUGCAUAUGGCUUGGCAUGUUGAAUGUAAA